AUGGUUGCCAUCAAGCAGGACUCAGAGCUGAUGACAAACUAUGUCUCAGCCAACCCUAUCCCAGCUGGCGAGCGCUUCGCAGUCUUCAGGGAUGCUGAUGGUGAACCGGGUGUCUUUGCUCUCAGCGAAGAUUUGUACCUUUACCUUGUGAUGGUGAUUGAUGGCAAAGCCGACAAGGUCGACUUCGGAAACACCUCCGGGAUUGUGCCCGAGGGUGUCAAAGUGCAGGCCUUUGCCGUUGUCCAAGCACCAGACUCAACUCUGGACAUUUGCAUCGCUACUCCUGGCACGGGAGAGACUUCAACAUUUACUCUGCUGCACAACAUCACCUUGGCUGAGCUCAAGGGCUCAAUUCCGAGCUCCAAGGUUAUGCGUGGUAGCAACUUUCCAUCCGUUCACCACAUCUUCAUGACCAACAAAUCAACCGAUACCAAGCGCACCAUGCCUUUGGCCAUGGUAGCGUUCAAAAGACCGGAUAGGAUCGUCGACACUGAAGAUCUCCGCUUCGUGCAGUUUGGCACAUCAGCCACUCUUUUGGGAAAGUGGGAUCUAGCUACGAAUCCAAAGAAGAUUCUGGAUGUAUCCUUGGGGACCUGUGCCUUGGGUGACGGCGCAUUUGUCUUAUACCAGGGAUUCACUGGCGCCUCUCAUAUCCAGUUUAAGUUCUUUACUGGGAGCACCAUGGUCGUGGAACCUCAUUGUCCGGCAGGUGCGACUUGCAUCAGUUCAUAUGUUGAUCCCAACUCGCAUCAGAGCAUCCUCCUCGUCGGUGGUCAGAACGUUACCGCCUUCAAAGCCAAGGAGUAUUGUUCUCCUAAAGGGACAGGCACUCCAAUCGAGACGGGUGAUCUCGUCGGUAGUAUCAAAGAUCUCCAGGUUUCGCAGUCUGGAGAAACACUCAGGUUCUGGUACACGACCGAGGCGGAUGCAGUUCACUACUAUACAACUAAAAGCACCUCACUUUCGAAUGGAAAGGUGACCCCUAUCCUUCCAGAGGGACAAGGCGGCCGGAUAUCGAGUAUGAUCUCGCUCAACUCGGCAGAUAAACACGCCGGCAGUCCAGCACUUGUCAGCAGCUUGUUAUCUGUGGACGAGAACGGCAACCUUACCCUUCUACAACAGGAUUCUGCAUCACAGCUAUGGCAGAAGUAUCCAUUCUGGCAUGCGUCCACUGAGAACGUCAUUGAGCUCAGGGGAUACAUGCUUCGCAUGCACGCAGUGGCCAACAACGACAACGAAUCGUCCCUUAUUCCCGGAUGCUGGUUGCGCGUCAGCAGCUCUGGAGUUGUGCGGUGCAUCGUCAACGGGAGACAUGCUUCUCUCUCGCCCGUUCCUCAGUGGCACCAGACUGACGCCAAGGGUGUUCUAAACAUCAUGCUGCAAAACGACGACGCAACAUGUCACCAGUUUGCAGCCGAUUUAUUCCGCGCUGCCAAACCAGGAUCUCCCGAGACCAGCUUGAAAAAUCCCAUCUUGGAUCCAUCCAGGAAGAUGAUCAAGAAACUAGAUGGCGUAAAGACGGCUGAUGAUGUUGCCCAACUUCGCAAGCCGGAUGGUACUCGGCUGGUACCCAACGCCUCACAUGACGACUUGAAGGCUGCCGCCGAUUCAAUCUCAACGCUAGUAGAUCAGGCACACAAGUUUCACGAGGGCACCCAGCAACAGUUCUCGUCAUUCAGGUUUUUCUCUUUGGGUGACCUUGUCGAUGAUCUCGAAGGCGCUUGGAACUGGGUUGAGGAAAAGCUCAAGGAUGCAGUAAAAUGGGGUUGUGACUUUAUCGAGGAUGUGGGUGGUCGCGUCUGGGCCUUCAUCAUCAAGAUUGGAGACGAAGUCUUCAAGUUCGCCCUCAAAACCGUAUCAUCGAUUGUCAAAGCUAUUACUUGGGUCUUCAAGAAGCUCGGCGCUUUGCUCCAGGAUAUCAUUGACUUCUUUGGCUACUUGUUCGGAUGGAACGACAUUCUCGAUACAGCCGACAGCAUCUCUGCCGGUUUCAAUGUUGCCCUAGAUUAUGGACAAGAGCUGCUCGACAAGUCUGAGCUGAAGAUUGACUCGUGGCUCGAGGACCUCCGACAAAUCAUCAAAGCCCAAUUACCGGGCCUGCAGAACAACACCUAUGAUGGCUCCCAGGAAGCGUUGAAGGAUUUAAAGCCAGCGACUACUAGCCAAUCUACAGAUGAUGUCUCUGACGAAGACGAGGUGAAAUCCGGUGUUGCAUACAACUGGUCAACAUACUAUUUUACAUAUGGCGGGGGCACUACCAAUGCCUACUUACAUGACGACGACAGCCAGACGCCAGACUCCCCUGAAAAACUGAUUCUGAAGCUUUGGGAUGAUGUUCAGAGCGAAGUCGAAACAAUCGUCAAGCUGGGUGGCAACUUGGCCAAAGACUUGCUUGACUUUUUCAUCUCUGGAAAAUACAACAUCCAGAGCUUGGUGGGAAAGAUCUCGGCGGAUCUUGUCGACAGCAUGAUAGACUCUCUCAAGAUUCUGGGGGAUAUCCUCUUCAAGGCCCUCUCGUUGGGGAUCAGCAUCACCAGGAACGUCGCCAACAGGACCAUCGACAUCCCGGUGCUCGGCUGGCUGUGGAAGCACGUUAUUGCUGGAGGCCGGUCACUGUCACUCCUUGGUCUUUGCUCUCUAGUACUCGCCAUUCCUACCACGGUCCUAUACAAGGCUACGAAGAAGGUCGCCCCACCAACGCUCAAGGGACGCCUGACCAAGGACUCCUUCCAUGAGUAUGUCUCAGGAACGGCCGGGGAUGAUCUUACCAAGGACGUUUUCAACUUUGGCCUGGCAAGUGCUUCAAGCUUGGAGCUGGUCUACGGCGAGUUUGAGACCAUCGCUCUGUUGGCCGAUGGAGCCUUUGAAGGAACCGGCCUGGAGGCUAUUCCCAUUGGUCCCGUAGCAGCCCUUAUGAACGUUGUUAGCUCGGCGUCGCUCACAUUCGAGACGGUUGGAGGAUUUCUCAGCUGGCCCGUCGAAGGCCCCUACGGAGCCGCGAUGAUCCAGGCAAAUUCGUUUGACAUGGGAAAGUUUGCAAAGUAUUCGAAAUGGGGCCUCACUGUCACCAACUUCGCUGCCAACGCGGUGGUGAAAGUUGUCGGCAAGGCAAAGAAGUCCGAGCAACCUGCAAUUAAACGGUGGAAGGGCAGCGUCGCGGCUGUCAUCUCUGUGCCAAUGCUUUGCGUGGCGUUGACCGGAGAUAUCAACGAUUCGAUCGAGGCGAAAAAGAAGACGGCUGUUAUCGUCAAUCAUUUCAUCGAGGCCUUCCUUAAGUUUGGCAAGCAGUGGGGUUUUGCGGUAUCAUCUUGGAACAAUGAGGUUGAGAACGAAAUCAUGUAUAUUGCACUUGCGGUAAAGCAAGUCUGUACGUAUGGCAGAUAUGGGUUCCAGAUUGCGGACUUUAUCGUGGAGCAUGUCUAG